AUGGAACCUGCACAGCUCUGUGCUAUUGUCAUGAGCGUUGCAAGCACAGGACGCAUGAUCCUCUGGUAUCUGCAGAACCUCAAGAAGAGCUAUGGGGCAUAUGAUGAUUUCAUGGAGGGCAGAUUGCUGUGGGAUAUAGCAAGAACCAGUUCAAGAUCGUUAGUGGCAUUCAUUGAGCAGAUAUUCUGUCACUCCUGUAUUGUUACAAGUUUAAGGAAUAAUACAUGGACAUGUCCUUAUUGCCGGGCUUAUCUUCCUUCGGAAGGAAUUCCAGCUACUGAUAUUGCCAAGAAGAUGAAAAGUGUAUACCAAAACUGCACAGAGUGUGACACACAGGUAUGUCUGAGUGAAAUGAGAGUUCAUUUAAGGACUUGUGAGCAAUAUGUAGAAAAAUAUGGACCUCUACAAGAGCUCGGAGACACAGUAACAAGAUAUGCCUGUCCAUUUUGCCAGUGUGUGCAUGAAGAUGAUCUAAUGGACCAUUGUCUCACUUACCAUAGAACAGAAAGGAGAGCAGUGUACUGUCCAAUUUGUCGUUUAAUACCUGGUGGAGAUCCAAGCUAUUUUAGCAGGAAUUUUAUAAGGCAUCUUCAACUCAGACACACAUUCAAUCAUGAAGACUACAUAGAUAUAAACAUAGUAGAAGCCGCCCUUAUUGAAAACAUUCUGUACCAGUCAUUUUUAGAAUAUAUGCAAGUGAAUCAUCCAAACAGCACAUAAUUCUACUGAAAAGGGUGUUCAACAGAUUACAUUGUUCAUUCAAAUUCAGUUUUUACAGUUACCGGGACAUUGUCAGAUUUUAGACCUAAACAGGUUGACUUAAAAAAUAGUUUUGUUUUUAAAUUAAAUUCCAACUCCAUCACAGAAAAAUGUAAAAGAUCACACUGCCAUAUUGCUGGUUUUGAACACCUAAAAUGCAAUAGUCACUGUCUGCCUGUACUAUCUUAUUGCUCAUUGACAAACACCUUUACCUUUAUACAAAGGAAAGGCAAUGACUGGAGCAGAGAGCAGCUUGUGAUUGCACAUUCCACGAGCAGGCCAGAGUCUCCAUGAUACUGCUGCUGAUGUUGCAAUGCUUGGGACAGACAGCAAACAAGGCACAGCCUUUUUUGAAUUAUGUAGCCUAUCAGACUGGGGGGGGGGGGCACUCAGCGCUUCUGGCCUGCACCAGGGUGGUGGGGCUAGGGUCUUCUCUGCCCAGCAGGGAUGGGGUCCCAGGGCUUCAGCCCUGCAGGGCAUGCCUGCCGGGGCUCAGGACAUCAGCAGGUGCCUCCUGUGGGGCAGGAGCCCCGGCAAUCGCACCCUGGCUCUCAAACUUCUGAAGUUUGUCGUAUGCGGCUCCGAGGGUCAGUACGUUUGGCCACCCCUGUUCUAAAGUGACCAGAAGAUAGGGCUAUAGAAUUGUUUCAAAAUGUACCUCCAACAGAGAAGUAAGCACACAAACUUGUGUGUGUAAUUCUACACAUUUUCAUUGUUGAUUUAAUUUCACAAAUAUGUUUUAUUGUGAGGAAUAAAAAGUUGGCAGGACCAUUGAUUUCAUCUAAAAAAAAUAGUCUGAUUUAAAAGGCUUUCCUUCAAAUAAAUGUUCUUCAUAAACCUCUGCUGUCUGAUUUCUUUUUACAUGUUGUCUAUGACAGUGGCAAAAAUGACAUGAGAUUUACAAGGUUGGUGCCACACUAUAUAUUGCUCUAUGGCAUACUACCUGUCAACAUCAAGGUCACAGCUUUAUUAAAGGAUUAAGAUUUACAAUAACGUUAACAACAUGAACACCUUCACAUAAACCUCCCUGUAGUUUACUUCUUUGAGGUCAACAGCCCACUUUCUUCCCCUUCCAGAAGCUGCUAAUCAAUAAACUACUGCAGUCUACUGAAUAAAGUUCAAAUGGACUAGCACUUUCUUUUUAUCAUAUUUUGCUUUCUAUAGUAUCUAACCCUCUUUACCAACAGUAAUUAAUUUAGCUUCAUAA